UAAGGCAUGCGCCGGAGCUACGGUUUGUGUUUGUUUCGAGACGUGUUUACGUGUGAAAUUUGGAACGGAAUGACAUCGGAUCAGAUUUGACAGUCAUUAUAUGUACAAUAUAAUCCCGGUUCCUCCAUGCAAGAGCUCCCCAAAACCUACGAAGAGUGGCUCUUAAAUACAUACGUAGAUCAGAUGGCCAACCAACACACUAGCCAAGCGCUUUCGUGGCGGAGGUUAUAUUUGAGCCGGGCCAAGCUGAAGGCCUCGAGUCGCACAUCGGCGUUGUUAUCCGGCUUUGCAAUGGUAGCUAUGGUUGAAGUACAGAUUGACCCUUCAAACGGGCAAAAGAUCCCCGACGUCGUCCUCGUCAUCUUCGGCAUCUGCACAACGUUGCUGGUCACCGUCCAUCUCAUGGCGCUCAUGAUCAGCACGUGCAUUCUCCCGAACAUCGAGGCCGUUAGCAACGUCCACAACGUGAACGCCGUGCAGGAGUCUCCCCACGAGAAGAUGAGAUGGUCUAUCGAGGUGGCGUGGGUGUGCUCUACUGGACUGGGUAUUCUUCUCUUCCUGGCCGAGAUCGCCAUCCUGUCCUGGGUAAAGUUCCUCAACGUCAGUAGAAACGCAGCAAUCGCCUCCACCGUCAUUGUGAUCCCUGCCGGGAUUCUGUUCAUCGCCUUCUCCUUGGUGUUCUACAAGAAACUCAUAGCGCAUAAGUAUGAGAGACAUUCAGAAGGACUGCGGGAGAUAGAGACUUUGGCCACGGCUCUGGAUACCUCGGACUUAAACAAUGUAUAGUGAGGUUGGUUUCAAGGAAAACAAUUCAUAAUUUUAUCAAAUCCAGACCCCGAUAUUUUGGGGGAACUCUUUUUAGCAUUUAUUUCAUUAAAUGCACCCUCGAUUAUCCAGCAAAGUGUGUCAUAUGGAUAUAUGCUCAGGACCAACUCGCCGCAAAGCUUUAUGUCGAAAGAGACCUGUCGUGUCUAUCGCUCCAAUUGCAAGCUUAGCACAGAAUUUCCCUCGCACUUUCCAGUCAAUUGAAUGGAGGGCUAUUUUUAGCGUCGUGCUUUUGGCAUUGGGUUGAAAACGAAGCUGUGGUUGUGUAUGAGCCCAGUAGAGAUAUAUUAUCCUGGAUUAUUUUGGAUGUUGUAAGUGUGGCAGUUGGAUAGAGCGAUAUGGAACCAGUUGUAUUGUCUAAUACCUGGACAACGAGAGGUGGCCUAUCAUGUUGUCGUGUUGGAUUAUUGUGAUAAUGACAUAUUCAUACAUGUAAGUCAGUAUCUGCCAGACAGUUCAGCAGAGUGCGUUGUGCGAUUCUUCCCUAGGACUGUAUGAAGUGUGGGAUUAUUCCCCCAGGACUGUAUGAAGUGUGGGAUUAUCCCCCAGGACUGUAUGAAGUGUGGGAUUAUCCCCCAGGACUGUGGGAGGGUAAUCUGGCUUCCGUGUCCUCCUUCGCUGACGGAGUUUCUUGCACGACAAGUUUCCUGGUGAGAAACGAUCGGUAGCCAUCACUACAUCAGUACGAUGCUGUACAUCAUUUAAAGGGAUGCAAUGUUACGUUUGCAAGUACAUGUAUUUUGGGCAUUUAAUUACUCGCGGAUCUGUCAACUGAUAAGAUAAAAACAUUACGUAAAAUUUCUAAUUAUGUAAAUGCAGUAAAAUAUACAGUAUGAGCUUUAUCAGCUGACGUGGGAGUCGAUCAGUGUCCGUCUUCAACCAGGUGGGGUAGCCUAGUGGUUAAAGCGAUGUAAUAUGUCAA